AUGGGCAAUGGGAUGAGCAGCCAUGGAGUCCCAGUCACCCGCUGGACGGCCGCAGCGCUUCUCAGCAGCGCCCUGGUCCAGCGUCUCGCAGCCGGCAGAGUCGAGCUCUGCUCCGAGAUCCUCUGCUGGCUGCUGCUGCCGACGCUCUCCAGGGCUGCCGCCGCCGCUGCUGCUAGACGGCCCCAGGGUGCGCCUGCUCGCUCCUCGAGGGCUGGUCCCCUGAGCCUGCGGGACUCGCCCCAGCGCCACGCGGGUUCGGCGCUCUCGCUCUGGGUGGCUGCCCUUUGCAUAGUCCUGUCCUGUCUCUCGAGAGCUGAGAUCCGUCUUCUAGCGUUCUUCCCAGCGUUGACUCCCUCACUUCUGGCAGUUCAGCGACACUUUGGCUCUUCUUAUUCCUCUGUUGCUUCUGCUUCUGCUUCUACUUCCGCCUCUGCUUCUUAUUCGUCCUGGCUGUUUUAUUCCCUGGCAAAUACCCUCUGGGGCACUUCGUUGGUGGCUCUUCUGUUCAUUCUCACCCUCUCCGACUGGGACUUCAGGGGCCAUGCUCUUUCGGCUCUUCCUGUCCUGGCGCUGUUGGGAGUCUACCUCACUUUCAUGCCAAAGUCGGAGAGGAGGAAGAAGGUGUCUCUCCUGCCAGACGUCAACAUCGAAGAUGCUGUUGUUCCUGUCUCGCUGCGAGUUGUCCCCUUGCUGCUCGUCUCCCUAGGCGUCGAAGUCGCUCUCUUUGGCUUUCCGUCAGGGGGUGCUAUCCUCACUCUGAUGCUCGGCUGUGCAAAGUCCCUAUCCUGGUAUUCCAUCAUUCAAGCAGCUAGAUACUCCUCAUGGUGCACUGCUGCUGCAACAGGCACCUUUGGCAUCAUGUCGACCCUUAGCCCCUUUAUGCAGUCUUCAGGUACCAAGGCCCUGUCCCAUGUAAUAGCAUCCCUAUUCUCCCUAGGUCAGACCAUCCACAUGCUCCCAAAGCAAGCAUCAAACAAAUCGGCUCUCUGGGUCUUCUCCCUGGUGUCUCUAGUACCUUAUCUAGCCAAUAUAGUCGCUAUCAGGCCUGCAGACUCCCCACAGCUUUACUUUGCCAAAUCUCACAAAUCCCCCAUCAUCGAUGACUUUGACAUGAUAUACACUGCUAUCUCGCCGUUUUGGAAACUGAGCGGUAAACAGGUGAUUGAAACCAUGGACCGCGCUCAAAGCACUGCAGACAGCGAGCUUUGGCUCUGCAAUUUUCAUGGCUCCAUAACUAAGACUCAGUGUCAUCAUCCCAGUCGCUCCUUUGACAGACAUAUCCAGCUUCUGUUUGAUACCUUACUGAAAGACAUACCAGGAACCAUCCCAGAUGUCAAGUUUCUCGUCAACCACUUGGACGAGCCGAGAGUCGUACUCCCUCAUAAUAGCCAGGACACGGAUAGUACCAAAUUCAAUCUGACCAAUCUCUCCAGACAGCCAGCUUGGGAGCCGGUCACCAAGCAUUGCGGUUCUAAGAAGGGCCAUUCUAGCAAUCCAGUGGAGAUAUAUUCAUAUGGUCUUCCUUUCGUCAUCAAUCGAACAGAAGAUAUGGAUCUGUGCACUCACCCUGAAUACGCCACCAUGAAUGGCCUCUUCAUGAGUCCUACCUCCCUCCGCCUGUUCGAGGGCCUGGUACCCAUCUUAUCAACCGGCUCACCUCUCGCCAUGGGAGACAUCCUAUACCCUAGUCCCGCCUACAUUGAAUCUGAGUUCCAAUACGAUAGCACAAAGGACGUCGCAUGGCUUAAGAAACGCAACAAUCUCUACUGGGCUGGUUCUACGACUGGCGCCUUUGCUCAAACAAGCUCCUGGAAACACUACCACCGCCAAAGAUUCGUUGCUCUUGCACAGAACCUGGAAACACGCAAGCAUGGCUAUAUCCACAAGACCGAAGGUGUACUCAGCAGCGUCAGGUCAUACUUCCUUAAUGCCAGGCUAUACGACGUUGCCUUCACCAAGAUAUUUCAAUGCGAGACCAAAUACUGCAGAGAACAAAGGGCUUACUUCCCUUCCAAACCGUGGGCAGACAAGGACAAAGCAUUCAAGUCUCGACUGGUCUUUGAUAUAGACGGUAACGCCAUCAACUUUAUUGCGGGAAUGGCAUGA